CCGAGUCAGUCUGACUUCUGCAUCGCUGGAGCGUCUGUGUUCUGCUCGUUAUACUCCUAUCUUAUUGGUCUUUCAGCAUUUUUAUUUUCUCUGAAAUUUUGCUUGGAUCCUGUUUACGCUCCAGGCUGGGAGCGCUGGGACCAGGAAGCCCUUUACUGUGCACUCUCCCUCCCACGUCACAAUAGAAAGAGUUUUUUUUUGUUUUAAUAAACGAGAAGAUGUCCCUAAAAGUCCAGACCAGCAACAUCACCAACAAGAAUGAUCCCAAGUCCAUCAACUCGCGUGUCUUCAUUGGGAACCUCAACACGGCCGUGGUGAAGAAGUCAGACGUGGAAUCCAUCUUCUCCAAGUACGGCCGGGUGCUGGGCUGCUCCGUCCACAAGGGCUACGCCUUCGUCCAGUAUGCCAGCGAGAGGCACGCCCGGGGUGCUGUGAUUGGAGAGAACGGCCGUGUCCUUGCGGGACAAACAUUAGACAUCAACAUGGCAGGAGAGCCCAAACCAAAUCGGCCCAAAGGUUUGAAGAGAUCUGCUGCCCUCUACAGUGGCUAUGAUUUUGACUAUGACUACUACAGAGAUGACUUUUAUGACAGGCUGUUCGACUACCGAGGCAGAGUGUCACCCAUCCCCCGCGUGGUGCCAGUGAAGCGCCCCCGUCUGGCCGUGCCUCUGGUGCGCAGGGUGAAGUCGCUGCCCUCUAAACUGCUGACGCGCUCCUCUGUCGUUCCCACCAGCUCCGUCAGGCAGAAGGCUAUGAAAUCCAGCGAACUGCAGGCGAUCAAAUCAGAGCUCACCCAGAUAAAGUCCAACAUCGAUGCCCUCUUGGGCCACCUGGAGCAGAUCACCGAAGACAAGCAGGGCACCACAGAGCUCCAGAGGGCUGAAGAGAGCAAGAGCGAGCUGUCGCAGGACGAUUCGGGCUCAGACACGGAGGAGCUGACGGAGGAGGCCCACAGGAGCGAGGGGGAGGAUGAGGGGGACGGUACACAGGAUGAAGAAGAGGAAGACAUGUCAGCGGGACGCUGGAAAAGGCCGCCAACUGGAGACUGUUUUAGUACUGCAGUAAUGACAACAAGACAGCAACACCAGGGGUGCCGCCUACCUUCAGACCUGGCCUGCCAGGAGACGGACGGCUGACCGCCGAGUGGGGGGGGAGCGGCCCUGGGAGCUGGAUAAGAUUAAACGUUACUCUCCCACCGUGCCACUGACUGACUAAAUACAAGCGAUAACAGCAGAUCACAGUCUCCUCCAAACAUGGGCUAAUUCUUUUCCAAAACAGAUGAAAAAGAAAAGGUUUGACACCCAAAACAUACUUUUAACAAAACGUUUCUAAAAUCUAAUAAACAAAAGGAUGGACAUUUUAUAUUGAUACUGGAUCUUGAAGAGACGACCAUACCUUCAGUUCAACCUCUCCACUCUGAUUUUUGUGUUUUAUCAGUGUGUUUUUUUUUUUUUGAUUCAUUUUUACAUGUUGACUUUAAACAGGCACAAAUUUUAUUUUUAAAGUGUAUAUUCAAGACUACAAAAGAUCUGAACAGAUGUAAAUAAAUAAAUUGAACUUGUUCAAGUGCAA